AUGCCAUGGAAGUUCGGAUCCCUCCUCGCACGCCGGCAGGCGGCGGGCUCUUUCCGGACGCCACCGUGCUCCGCCCGGGGACCCGAACGCUGCCUCCUUUCUCUCCUCCGCGAGCGCCAUCCCCGCCGGAGCUCUGUCAUACAGGUUCACGCGCAGCUAAUAACCGCCGGCUGCCACCGGAAGCCGGCGGGUGAAGCUGCGCUGAGGCUGUGGAACGCCAUCCUACGGCAUUAUUCCAUGGGGAGCUUCCCCCAGGAAGCUCUUCUCCUCUACGGUCAGACCCACCACCACGGCGGCGCCGCCGACUCCUUCACCUUCUCCUUCCUGAUCAAAGCCUGCGCGAACCUGUCCCAGCCGGAGAAGGGGCGGCAAGUUCACGGCAUCACCAUCAAGAAGGGCUUCCACCCGGGUGUUUACGUACAGACCGCCCUGCUGAACAUGUACUGCGAGUGCCGGCUUCUUGACGAAGCGGGUCAAGUGUUCGACGAAAUGCCCGAUAAGAACCCGGUCACCUGGAACGCCAUGAUCACGGGGCUCGCGAGAUAUGGAGAAAUCGACCGCGCGAGGCUAACCUUCGAGCAGAUGAAUCAUCGAAAUCUCAUAUCCUGGACGUGUUUGAUCGACGGCUACACGCGGGCCUGCAGAUUCCAUGAAGCUCUGCUGCUCUUCUGCCAGAUGAUGGCCGAAGGCCUUUCCCCGACGGAAGUCACUAUUCUCGCCAUCGUUCCCUCCAUUUGCGGCGUCGGCUCCCUCGACCUUGCUGGGUCGAUCCACGCCUUCUGCGAUAAGGGCGGGCUCGCCAUUGCCGACAUUCGCGUCUGCAACUGCCUCAUAGAUAUGUAUGCCAAGUGCGGAUCAAUCGACCUCUCCCUCCGGGCCUUCGAGGAGAUUUCUGGAGGAAGAAACCUGGUAUCGUGGACUUCGAUAAUCUCAGGGUUCGCCAUUCACGGGCUGGCGGAGGAGGUCAUGGAGCUUCUCGAGGGCAUGGAGAAGGAUGGCUUCCGCCCUAAUCGUGUGACCUUUCUGAGCAUCUUGAAUGCCUGCAGCCAUGGAGGGCUGGUGGAGGAAGGGGUGAAGCUUUUCUCCAGCAUGGUGAGCUUGCACGGCGUCGAACCCGAGAUCAAACACUAUGGCUGCGUAAUCGACAUGCUGGGGAGGGUCGGCAGGCUGGAGGAGGCCGAGAAGAUGAUCCUGCAGCUGCCCGUUGCGGCCAAUGUGGUGCUUUGGAGGACUCUUCUGAACUGCUGCGGCAUUCAUGGGGAUUCGGAGACUGGGAAGAGGGCGAUGAGAAGAGUUCUGGAGAUCGAGAAGGGAUACGCCGGGGAUUACGUCACGUUUUCCAACACGCUAACCGGUGCUGGUAGGUUCGGCGAUGCCGAGGGAGUCAGAAGGCUGAUGGAUGAGAGGGACGUGGCCAAGAUUCCUGGGCACAGCCUUGUCUGA